UCCCGGGCCGUUGGAACCUCGGGCGAUCCAGGCUUAUCGCAUAGUCGACUGGAUAGAGGGGCACUCCUCCCACUUGCACCAAAACAUUGUCGUUUCAACAACGCCUGAACGAUAAACCAAACGAGUCAUAACACGUCAACGCUGUUGUGUUGUCAGGCAGCAGCAAAGACCUACGCCCGAGCUCUGUCGGCACCCAAUCGUCAGCGCUGGAAGCCGGAUCAAUCACGUCUAUUCACCCUGUCCCUGUCACAUAACGGGUAACGGUACUCGCCCAAAGUGGUCAGCGCGAGCCAACGACAACCAUCUUUUAAACAAAUUGCGACCUUUUGACCCUUUUUCGUGUUAUCCAUCACACAACAAAGCCUCGACACGACACGGCGACUUUCGCGAGCAGCUGCCCCUCUAAAGAACGUCACUUGCGAUCCGCAACACCACAACCCUCUACAAUCGCCAACAUGAACCCCCACCAGCAGAACAAGGUCGAUGUCAGCAAAAUGUCAGAGCAGGAGGCCAAACUCUUCCGUCUCUAUGGCAAGCUUCCCAACAAGAAGGACCUGCUCCAGAACAAGCUGAAGGAGCGCAAGUACUUCGACAGCGGCGACUACGCCCUCUCCAAGGCUGGCAAAGCUGGUGACGUCGGUGUCACCCAAGUUGGUCGCGAGCACCCCAACCCCGAGAAGAUCCCACACAUCGCCCCGCCCACCCCAACCGGUCAGAAUGGCAACGGCAACGGCAACGGCCAUGGAAAUGGCAGCAUCAGCGGCCAGGGCGAGCUAGCAGGUAGCCCCGUCAAGGAACACACCUUCUUGCACCGCGAGACCAGCCUGAACCGUGAAACAUCGGCCUCCGAUUUCGAGAACAACGAGAACAGCGAGGCUCAGGGAGGCGCAGUCAAGGCAUAGCUGGCACGCCCAUGCCACUAGACCUUUGCGCUUCCCUUAUCUUGCACUCGUUUGGCGCAACCUUGGAUGACGGUGCCCAAAAUGUAUCUAUACGCACCUUCGAACGGCCUGAACCUAUCAUCGUUUACGGAGUCGGAUG